CCAGCCUUAUCCAUAAGCCACACAGGCCACAGUAUACAUAGUAGUUUUUAAACAGACCACCUGCUUCAUCUCAAUGAACUUACCUCAUUACCUCACAAUUCAUACUAUAUCGCCAUAUUACUCUCAAUAAUCCAUCAUUUCGCCAUAUCGAACUGAAUUAUGAUAUAACUUACUAUAAGAAACACAGGUCUAUCUCAACAUGGCACAGAAGGCACGCAAGGACAGAGCGAAAGCUAACGCAGCUGCUCUUACAAAUCUUCACACCGGCACUCUCAUCGUUAAUACGCUAUUUUUCUUGUUCACCUUUCUGAUCAAGAAACGAUCUAUACUACUUUACGUCAUUCUAUCGAUCCCAAGCUUCAUCUGCGAAUACAUCUUGGAGUCAUCAGGUCGGCCUAAAUAUAAUCCGUCUACAAAUGCGAUGCAAAAUGCCGGUGAAGACUUAUCUGCCCCUGGACUUACAGAAUACAUGUUUGAUGUUAUUUGGAUGACUUGGGCGUCCGUGGUACUUGUCAUACUAUUCGGAAACUGGGGGUGGCUUCUCUGGUCCGUUGUGCCUGCGUAUGGAAUUUUUAAAGGAUACAGUCUCCUUGGAGCAGCUCGUGGGAUGGCAGGUAUGCAGGGACAACAGCCGGAUAAUGCUGCGCCAGUAGCAGGAAACAGGAAGCAACGACGAGCAGCUUAAUAUGGCAUUAUAUCGCAACAAUACCAACCCACAUUUCACCACGAGGAAACUCCUACAACGUUUCAGUCUAUGGUCACGUUGUGUCUACCUAUACCUAUGUCACUAUAACCUAGUUCGGCAAUCUGU